AUGCAGGCCCAUGGUGAUAAUGAGAACAUGAAUACUUUGACAACAAUACGUAUAACAAGUUACGCAAAAGACCUGAACCACGGUUCAAUCUAUCAAGGAGAAGAAUCUGACGCCGAAUCUUUCCAUUCUGCCAUCACGAGUGCAACCAAAGGAACUACUAAUGUACGGAGCCGUCCAAGAGACAGUCAUACAACCCACACCACCUACAUGAUCAAAUACGAAUCGAGAAAGAGCAGUAGUGGCACCUCCAGGCCUGGAACCGCCACCAGCACCACCAAGACGUCAGAUGACCAAAAUGCAGAAAGUCAAUCAUCACGUCCAUCGUCAAGACGUUCGUCAAAAUCUUCCCCAAGCGUCCCUAGACGUAAAAGUAGUCUGGUGGCGAAGAAAAGAACGGGCACGUCAUCCUCUCGAAGAGUCAAGCCUACCAACCUUGGUACUUUGCAUCGACAAAGUUGUCAGAUCUUUUCUUCCUUGGAUGGCGUACUCGCCUUGAGCAGAGAAAUCACCCCGUUACCCAGUGUUUCCAGCUCGACAUCGACGACACGACAUCCAUCAUUGAUUCCAGAGGAAGAAAACACCGCCACGCUCACGGCCAACAACAUGGCUCAAAUGUGUGAGAAGCUCGACGCAAAGCUUGCUUACACUUAUUCCUAUUCCUACUCCCUCAACACAGACUCGACAACCUCCAUAUCACUCCACGGCCCAAAGUGCGAUCUCAACACCAAGCCAAACCCCCCUCACGGCCAGCUUGUAUCAUCCUCGCACUCCCGCCGCUCCAGCAGUGAGCCGCAAAGCCACAAGCCGAACCAUCUUCCCGAACGUCCACCCUUCAACACCGUCAUCUCCUGGACAUCAGACGCCACACGGCGCAAAGAAUAUGCCAAGAUUGACCGUGCCAACACCGGAUUCAGAGGCCUACUUCGAUCUCUCGUGCCAAAGUCUCUGCUGGCGAGGAAUUCACGCCGUGAUUUCUUCACGGGCAAGUGUGAUGGCGAUAGUGUCCGACGGUUUCGCAUGGACGUUGCUGAUGAUAACGAGAAUAUUGAAGGCAGCAAGGAGGGACGCGAUCGUGUUGAGGAUUCAGCAGAUUCGAAUACACUUGCGAUUUCACCUGCAGCCCGGGUGUCUGCUGAGCCUGAAGCCGUGGACGAAGUGCAGCCAGGCCGAGAAGAGCAGGGGCAUGGUGAGAGCGAUGGACCUGCGCAAACGGAAUGGCGAAGGAAAUGGCUCUGUUUCUGA